UGUGCAUGGUGACGUUGGCUCGGUUCCGGUAGACGUUCUCAGAGACGCUGAUGGUGCUUUGGAUGAUGUGCUUCCUGUUGUCCUUGGUGAGGCUGAAUUCGUAGGUCAGGGGGUUGCUGGUCUUGUUCUCAUAGCGGCAGUCCACGCGCAGGCUCUGGCCCAGCAGGCAGGCGCUCAGGUCCCGGAUCAUCUGGCAGUGCGCAGCCUGCAGCACUGGGACAGGCAAGCAGAAAGGGGAAAGGUGAGCGCUGGGGACACCCGAGCAGCCCCCCCAUCUCACCCCGCAGAGCCUUACCUGUCAGGAUGACAGCAAUGCUGACGGUGGGGUUCAUCUUUUCGAGGACGAGAUGCCCAGAGGUGGCUGCCAACGAGAGAUGAGCCUGGGUGGGGGGAGAGAUGUGGUGAGCCAGGCAGUGCUGUGGCACACAGCUGUGCUGCGCUGAUGUGGGCACGCACAGCGUGGGCUGGAGGCUGCCGUGUCUUGCACCAGUGAUGCUACGCAUCCUGGUAUCCUUAGGGAUGUCAGCCAUGCUCUUUUCCCUGCAUGCAUCCCCCACACCAGGCAUGAAGCACAGCACAGACCUUCAUGCAGUGCUCGUCCUGUGUCUGUGCUGGGCUGGGUGCCUGCUCAAGGACCGGGCAAGAGAAUGGAUGCUCCUGGUGCCUGCGCAGCAGCGUGGUGCCAGGUGAGGGAUCCAGACUGCCCCUCCCCUCCCCCCCCCCCCUCCCAGCGGGUGAGCUCAGCAGAGAUGACUCAUUGCGAUGCAGUGAGGGAAAGGGGCCAAGAGCAGCGGGAAGGAGGGACACAGCAGCCGGACACAGAGCUGAGAUGCUGAAGGAUGGCACCCAAUCUCCAGGGGCUGAGCCUGGCUGCCGAGUGGAAGGGUUCUGGCAUCCUGUUGGGUCCCUAUCCCUGCAACUCAGCCCUCUGCGGGCUGCCUGUGGUUUGCGUGGGUUUGGAGCUGGGGAUGUGCCAUCCAAACACCAGCCCUGCUGAUGAUCUGAUCCAACCGAGAGGAAUCAAUUAAAGGUUUGCAGCCCAGCCAAGCAAUCGCAUGGGGAAUCCAACCGCAGACAUGCGGAGCACAGGGAAGGAGUGGGGGAGCAGCAGAGCAGAAACGGAGCUGAAAGAUGCUCUGCAGUCAGUCCUCCUAGAGGGGAUUGGGGGACAUCCAAGGAGGGUACUGAAUUAGCACCCAUUGGAUCCCAGUCUGGCAGAGAGGAGAGCAGAGCCCAGCCUGAACCUGGCAAAGCAUCCAGGGAAGAGCUGGGAACUGCCUGUAUCUCAGCCAGCUGGAUUUUAUUUUUGAGCAUUUUUUGGGUGUUUCAUCUAACGUUCAAAGAGGAAAUACCAAAACCAUUUACUCACUCUGAGGAUGUGAAAGGUCUCCAUUUCACAACCUCAAACCCUGGUGAAGCACAAAAAUUCUCUUCUCUUUGGUACUGGUAAUCAAGAGGUUAUAAAAGGAGACAGAGGCACAACAGGGGAGACUGAGUCUCCUUCACAUCCCUCCAAGCUAUCUCUUGCCCUUUGCUUUGCUGUUCCCCACCUCUGGCUUGCUCCUCCUUGAACAUCCUGGGACACUGCCUAUGUCACAGCCACAUCGAGUUCAGAUGUGCUCCCAGAGAGGGUGACCUCCUCCCACUGAUGUGCAAAAGCACUCCGAUUUUCUCAGCUUCAUGUCCCCCAGCCCUUUGGUCCCUUGUACCCCACAGCAGGAGCAGAGCUAGGUGUCACCCUCUCCUGUGUGACCCCAGUGGCUGUGCACGGGGACAGGACUCACAAGGACACGGGCAUCCGAAGGACUCUGUCCAGCCCUGCAGAGCAAAGCUUUGCACCAUGUACCACUCAUUACGUGCCACGCCACGGUGCACCUCCGUGCCCACCACCGUGCCAAGCAGGGGCUCACCGGCGGGGGAUGGCACAUGUGAGGACAUCAGGGGUGUGAGACACUGAGACCCAGAGAACUGCUGCAGGAGGGGCAGCAAAAGGGGGUGCGCGGGGGUCUGCGUGCGUCCGUGCAAGGAGCAGAGCGCGGGCAUCCGCCCUUGCAGGGAUGCAGGUGGAUGCGUGUGCGCGCGGGCGCGCCCGUGGAGCAGCGCCGCAAUCCCCACCCUCGGGAACUACAGGGGAAGAGGGAGAGGGAGCAGCAAUGCGAAAAACCGAGAGCAUCUCCCUCCAUCACCACCACCACCCCCUCUCAGCUCCAGAACCCCCUCCCCGCUCGGUGCGCGGUGCAAAGCAUCACCGCGGCACACCCGAGGACCCCCACCCCGGGCUGGGGGACGGCUCCCCCCGGCUCCCCGCUCUGCCCUGGGGCUGCAUCCCCCGCGGUGUCCCGGGGCUCUGCCUACCUGCGGCGCGGUGCCGCUGCCCGCUGCUCCCGGCGCUGCCGCCCGCUGCUGCCCGCGGCUCCCGGCGGGGUGUGGGCGGCGCGGAGCUCCCGCAGUUUGGGAAGGGCCGAUCGGGCGGUCCCAGCAAAUCAGGACCGGGAGGCGUCACGCAGGCUCAGCCCCCAGCCCUGCGGUGCUUGGAGGGGGGCUGCUUCUGCAGCUUUGUCUCUGCCCCCCCCGACCUCGGGCUCGGGUGUUGUGGGGUGCUGGAAGGCCGAGGGAGCCCCGAGGCAGCCCCUCAGCAUGGCUGGGUAUGGGUGGGGGGCCUUGUUUGGCACCCCCCCGCAGCCCACCACCGCCCUUCUCCAUCUUUGUGCGGGUUGGAAGGGGUGGUGGAUUCCCAUUGCCAUGGGAACGUGGCAUUUUGCAUGCCAGCCCGCAGCCUUCCCUGGCAAUGUGGGAUUGUUUUGCUGGGAAAGGAGGGUGGUAUGGACGUGGGAAGAAGAGCUUGGGCUUGGCUCUGCUGGAGGAGAGAAGAGAUUCCCCUUCCCCAAAAGCAUAGAAGUCACAGUCCUCACCAGUGCAGCCUGCACCAAUUCACUCAAGAACCCAGAGCUCACCUUUGUUAAGGAGGUGGUAGUAGGACCAGUGGGGACAGCACUGUGAUGCCACAGGCCACAAGCCUUCUGCUUUAGCCCCAGGGUUGGUGGCAGAAAGGACACAACCAAAAACCAUUCCCUUCUGCCUCCCAUCACUACGAUGGGAAGGGUCUAAGCAGAGCUGCUCCUGCAAAGGCAAAAUGUCUUUGAGGCCUGAAGGCAGUCAGGCAAAAGACAUCUCCCCUGCUCUUGGGCAAGGAGAUGGCAGCACAAGGGAGCUGCUCGCCCUCAAGUUUGGAUCCUAAGGCAUCCCAGGAAGGAGCACAGGCAUGCAGGGGUCCUGCUUGGUCCUCACCGCCUCCCAUCCCUGGCUGGGCUCUGCAAAAAGGGCUGGCUUGGUGAAAGACGAUAUGGGCAGCCAUAUUCUGCUCCAGCAGAACCUGAUCCCAGGUGACAUUCAAGUGCUGAGGUUUUGCAAACUGGCUGUGCAGGGGAGUUUUGCUAAUUCCACAAAAUCCAGGCUGGGGCGGCUGGCUCGCUGAGUGGGCUGCAAGGCAUGCUGCCCCAAAUGGGGUCUGACACCCAGGCUGGCCAAGGACUGCACCCAGCUGCGUGCAUGCAUCAACACGAUAAGGGCGAGCUGAGGUGGUACAGACCCACAGUGCUGAGCAAGGGAGCAAAGGCAUGGCAGACUGGCACAGAAGGCCAACGUUAGCAAGACUGAAAACAGAUUGGUGCCAUGCAAAUUCACAGAAACACCGCCUGCAUGUUGCCACGAUGUCACGGUGCAAAAGAAACAGAAGCCCAAGGCUUGCAUCCAGACAGGGCUGUGAUGUGGGGCAGUGCGUGUAACAGCAUGCACGCCGAUGGGUUCUUUUCCAUUUAGCCCCACAUUUUCACAAGCUGUCUCCUCCACUUCCCCCCUAGUAAUGCAAACAUAGGCAAGCAGAGAAUUCACACUCAGAGGGCAGUUUCAGAGACAAGCUGUUGCCCAAGUACCAUUGCAAGUGAUGUCAGCUCCCUUUAAAACUCUGGUUGCUAGUGCUGUGGAGGCAAGCGUGAUUGUGCAGUUUCUGGGCAGUGCUGGCAGCAAGCAUCCUGCAUAGGUGAUUUGCAGAAGGCUCCUUGCAGAGGUUCUCCAGCUGGAUGCUCCCUUCACUGCAGACUGCAGUCUGGAUGCCAUCCACAAAGCAGAGAAAAUCAGACUCAAAAAUCAGACCCCAAGUCAUACGUAACGUGGGGGCAAGAGGAAAAAAGAGUGGGGGUGAGAAAAUCUAAUGAGAGGCAGACAGAGAGGGGGGGGCAGGCAGUGACAGACAGACAGACAAGCACAAGCAGGGGAGGGAGGCAGCUGAAUAGAAUGCAGCAGUGCAGGCAGGUAUCAGCAGGCACGGCCAGCCCUCCUGUGAGCCCAGGUCAGCCAAACUGCCCCCCAUUCUGCAGUGAAAUCCAUCUGGAGGGGAGUGUGGGGAGUCCUCCUGCUGUGCUGAGGUGCAUCAGGGGCAGCACUGCUCCUGCAGCACCAGGGCAGCGCCCAGCAGCUGCGGCACAAGGCUGGGAGCGGAGGCACAGAGGAGGACCAUGACUCGGGUGUCUGGUGCUGCUGCAGCAAUUAAAACCUGGCCUUGCCCCAAAGCACGUCUGCUGCAGCACAUUGCCCUUCCAGGAGAAGGCUGGGUGCACAUCCUUCUGAGGAAGAACACCUCUCCCCUUCUCUCAUCCUUUCCCAAGGCACGGAGAAAGAGCCUCUCUCCCUCCUGCUCAUGAAUCGCUGCGAAGCUGAAUGCUGUGGGUCUGAUUCAAACCCUGCCCACACUGCAGCCUCUCCCUACCAGUAACCGUCCACUGCUAUUGCUGGGAAUGGGAGGCAGGAGGGCCUGGCCACCAUCUCCCAAGGAGAGGUCCUUGGCCUCCUCCACAAGGCUGUUAGAGCCAGAGUUAUGGGAUGGAAGAGCAAGAGAGGGCAUCCGAGAACCACUGCAAUCGAUCCAGCUGUGCCUCCAAGGAUGCAAAUGCCCACCUGCCAGGCAGCACAGGGCUGUGAAAGAUUUGUGCCUAUUGCACAACCCAGACCCUUCCAUCACCGCUCGCAAUAGAUGAAGAAGGGAGGCUGCAGAAGAGCUUUGCCCUUGAUUGGAGAGACAGAGCAGCCCCUGGGAGCCCCACGGAUGCUAUAUGGAGCACGGCCCAGAUACGAAGCCCAUGGGCUUUGUGGCACCACUGCACAGAGCAGGGGUGGAGGAGACUGCACUGCGUGCAGCACAGCCACAGAAACAGGGUGGGCAGGGCUCCUGCUGCAGCACUGCAGGGGAUGCUGUGCUCCGAGCAGCCCUUUGAGCCCGGUGAAGGGGAGGGAUGCCUCGUGCAAAGCCCCAGCGUUGGCAGGGAGGUUUGCUAUAGGAAGAUUUGCCCAUAGCACUGGGUGGCUGGGAUGUGGUGACGUGUGCUAUGGAGCAGCAUAUGAGAUAUUGUCUCUGAAAUCAAAGAGCUGCAGGUCCUGGGUGGGACUUGAAUGGGAAGUGCUGCUGGGCAGCAAAAGCUUCAACCCCCCAGUGGUCAGGAGUGAGGCCACCAUCCGUCCCUGAGGAGUCAGUGGCUUUUAGCUGAACUCUGAGCCUGAGGUUAUGAUUACUGUGUAGAGUGCUGAUUAUUAACAAUUUGACCUGAUCCAUAGCAAUUCCAGGUAACAACAAAGCUAUGCUGAUGACUAAAAAUUCUUUGUAACUAUAAGCUAUACUCAUAUCAAUCAUGCUCAUGAUUGUAGAUAACAAUAAUCUACUCAGAAUGCCAACGUUUGUAUGUGAUAGUACAACUCCAAUUAUAACCACGGCUCUAUGGGCUGUCCUCACUACCAAGGACCCCUAAAAGAACCUCUCUGCUCCCACAGCAUUGGGUGAUACCUCCUUGAAGGAAGGCCUCUAUCAGUGAGCACUGAUGAUAGCAUCAGAUCCCACAUAGUGGAUGCCUGCUUUAUCUGGCACUGCUGCCAUCCCACCCCCCUGGGACCUGGGAACCCACCAGGCACAAUCCCUGUCCUACACACAGUCCUCCUGCCCUAUCAGAGCACAGCAGCCCUCCUUGCAGACCACCUUCUGCCUCAAGCCUUCCUGUCUGGAGCUACGAAAAUCUUCCUGCAGGAGGCUUAGAAAUCCUCGUGGGAGCCAACCAGGAUAACAGGAGCCUGGAAGAGGGGGCUGGUGGAGGCACGGAGCUCUAUGCUCGCUCCAUCUGCUCCCCAGCCUCAGCAGGAGAGGAGCUGCACUGCCUGCGUCAGCCGCCUCCUCCUCAUUGCCUCCCAUUGCAGCGUGUGCUGCAUCCUGCUGGUGCUUGGCAGGGGUUGGGUUUUUCCCACACAGCUGCUGGCUGCCGGAGCUGCUCUCCGUAUUGAGCAAACCUGCUCUGUGCUGAGCUUACAGGGAGACUCAGCCCUAGGGAAGGAGGGGCAUCUCUGUCAAAUGGACCUGGCUGGCGUGGCAGACGGCUGCUAGCUCAGUUUGCAGAUCUAGGUCUGGUGCUUGCAGGGUGAGGCCAAGGGGCCUGUGUUCAAACUCCCUGUCCACGUCUCUUCAUAGCUGAUUUGAUGUAGACAGAGAGCUUGAACUGGGAAAAGGUGCUGUUUCAGAGGGUGGAGCUUCCCUGCUAACACCUGCUGAACCCAGUGACACCCAGCCCUCACUAAGAUGGGAUUCAAGGGGAGCUCACACAGGGUGAUGCUGGGUUGUAUGACAUUACAGGACCCGGACAGUCAGCUGAUGCUCAGAGCUACUGCAGACUGCUCUGUUAUGGGGGAGUUUAGCUGGAAAAGAGGAAGCUGCUGAGCAGAGAAACGGUCUCAGAGCACAGCGCUGCUUCUGCCUUCCAUUCUCAGCCAGGCUUUCUGCUCUCUGUCUCAGGAGAGAUGAACAAUGCAAGCUACAGAAAAUGGAAAUAGCUUCCCUGAAGUUUCCCCUCCUACCUGCUGGGCCUUCAGGAAUGGAAACUGUUUAUGAGCAUUGCUUAUUUAUGAAGAAAACCAUCAGGACAGGAUGGUUAACUCUCAGCAUGCAGGCUCCCAUAGAAGAGCAGCCAAGUGGAAGCAGAUGCCUGCAGGGACGCAGGGUGCCCCUGUGGUCUGGGCCAGCUGCAAAGCUCCUGGCUCUGGGAAGAGGCCAACCCUCUGAUUUGCAAAAAUGGGUCUAGGAGACCUCGCUGAUGGAGACAGCGCAGCCAGCAGCCGUCAAUGAGCUUUUGUAAAGAGGAAUUCCGCUCGCUUGGAAAACUUCAUCUGAUUUCAUCGCAGCCCAUAAGCACUGCCUGCUCUGUAACCACAAGGAGCAAAACAGAACACCUUAAAAUAAGAAAGUAACGGGCAAAGCCCCACGAAGGAAGGAACUGUAGGCACCGUGGCCAGGCAGUGCUGUCUCUUUGCAAGAUCCCACUUAAGCAUUGCAAUAGAUGUCAAUCGACUCGCUUAAAUGACAGCAAAUCCCCUCACCAGGAGCUUCCCAUCAAAGCUGUCGCUCAUGAAACAGUGGGUUCAUUCCAAACCCUUCAUAUCUUAAUGGGCUAAGCAGGGAUGUGGAUACUGGGGCAAGCUUUGCUGCUCUUUUCAGAGCCUGUUUUCUCUGCUACUGACAGCUGACAAACGGUGCAGCCACAUGCUAUGCACUUCUGUGCCAUCACUAAAACAAGCAGUACAACAAAUGAGGAUCAAAUGCAAUCUUUGAAAGCCCUUGAUUGGAAAAGAGAAGUGCUCACAGAAUGUCUGUGUUUACCAGAAGAAAUCUCCCCGUGACUCUUCAGGUACUCAGCUGCUCAUGUUCAGCAUGGGAAGCUCCACCACACUUGGCUAAGCAUUGACUCCUAAUGGAGCUUGGGAUCCUGCCAGCCAGCACUUGAUUACAAUUAACUACCUCUCCUAUUCUUUUAAGAUAAUUUAAUUGGUUUAUUUAUCUGUGUAUUGCUUUUAACAGCUUAACAACACGCUCUAUGUUUUA